UCCCGCGGCCAAUGUCGGCGCUGUGGGGCGGGGCGCCACGUCGCGCCUCAGCGUUGUGUCCCGGCAUGGCGGCGGGACCGGGGCUGCGGGAGGAGCUGGAGCAGCGGCUAAAGGACUUGGGCAUCGCCGUCACCACCGCCGAGCACCCGGAGGUGUUGACGGUGGAUGAGAUGAUGGCCCACGUUGGGCACAUGAGAGGAGGGCACAGUAAGAACCUCUUCCUUAAGGACAAGAAGAAGAAAGGCUUCUGGCUGGUGACUGUCCUGCAUGACAGGCAGGUGGAUUUAAACCACCUGGCAAAGAAACUCGGCCUCGGAAGCGGAAACCUCAGGUUCGCCAAUGAAGACGCCAUGCUGGAGAAGCUGCGGGUGGGCCAGGGCUGUGCCACACCGCUGGCUCUGUUCUGCGACCACGGGGACGUCAGCUUCGUGCUGGACGCCGCCUUCCUGGAGGGCGGCCACGAAAAGGUGUAUUUUCAUCCCAUGACAAACUGUGCGACCAUGGGCUUAAGCCCUGAGGACUUCCUGAAGUUUGUGAAGUCGACGGGCCACGAUCCCAUCAUUGUACAUUUCAAUGAAGACAUUCAGUAGGUUCACGUGGCUCAGCAUCGAUUCUAUGGGGUAAAACUGGUGGGAGGAGUUUGACAAUAAAUACAGCUUGGAGAAGCAGGCCUGCUCUUUUGUACACUGUAAUAUUCAGUGGGGAAAAACAAAUACUCAACGGAAUAUUCUUGAGCAAAUGUUUGCAGUCUGCCAGCAUCCCGCAGGAUGAAAAGGCAUUAUAUGAAUAACAUUUAUAUGAAUAAUGUUAUGUUAAUAAAAUGCAUCCAUGGAA